AUGAAUGAUAUUGAGAAAGAUUACUACGAGUUGAUGUAUGCUUUGAUUGUACUUCUAGAGCUCAAGUCGAAAAAUGUUGGGGUUACAGACACACCUUUUUGGACAGCAAACUUUACCAUACCUGGUCAUGAAAGUUUUGAUAGAGAUGGUAACCCAAAAUUGACCAGCCUGAUGUUGACCUCUGUCAUAUCCAGAUCGCACGUCAUGAACAGACCCUACAACAAUGCUGGUCACGUUUUUCUCGACUGGCCAAGCAUUACUAAAAACAACUUCACCUUUGUGUCCUCCACUCAGUUCACAAUGUCAAGGUCGUUGUACUCUGCUGAAGUUCUCAAACAGCCACUGGACGAGGUGUUUGUCAUGGGCUAUGUUAGAAAUUCCUCAAUGGGAAGCGUGUCACAUUUCUACACCGCUGGUAAAACCAUAGAAGAACCUUUAUGGACACAGUUGAAUCAGCUGGUGUACAUUGACAGAGAAACAAGGAAACCCACAGCACUUCCUGAUUGGUAUAAAAAUAAAUACAAAGACAAGGGGUGUAUGGAGAAACCUGUGUUCUUCAACCCUUUGGAUCGUCCAUCUCCAACAUACAAACAAUCUGUUGUGGUGCAAUGGUCAGACACAGACAACUUCAAACACACAAUUUGCCAGCUACGUACACUGGACCAUCAAUGCCAUUCACCACGCUAUCAUGCUGCGAGACACAUAUUCAAACACUGCAACACAUUCUAA